GACCGGACAAAAUCUUGCUUAAUGUGCCUACAAUAUCUAUGGACCUCAAAGGGCUGGCUUCACUGCUCCGCCUACACUCCGCAAAUCCGCAGAAACCCCGCUUCAGAUCGAUGAAGAAGUCACAUGACGUUUUGCGAGACGACCCCUCAUCUGGCCUUGUCGUUGCGAAACAGCAAAACCGCCGUGGCGUGCGAGCUCCAAGGUACUUCCGGUCACGCAAUCGCUAUGCUUAUUGCAACACGCCAGAAGCAAAUUACAGUCAUCAGACUGGUCACAAUCGAAGAUUGCACCAUGAUUACGACUGGAACUGGCGAAAUGCCGGCGGGGUCAACCGCACUGGCCAUCGGACAUUGACUACAGAAGCCUUUCAGCAUGAAUAGCCCAACACAAUCGUAGCAGGACGGUAAUAACAGUCGGCUUUGUAGUACACCAUCGAGCAGGGUCAGCCUGUUCUUUGUUCGUCCACGCAAAUGCCUUAA